ACAGAAGCCAAGCUUGUAAAUAAUGACACCUGUGUCCUGUCGUCUGUAGUUUCCGUGAAAGACUCAAAUGACACUGGCUUGAUGAAAUGCAAAGACCCAUGUCCUGCCCUUGGUGCCUCUAAUGAAAAUGUGACAGUUAAGAACCCAAACUGUAGAGCACCUGUUGGUUCCCAGCGACAGACUGAAGCAGUAAGAUCAGGACACUUAGUGGUGCAGCCGACUGAGAGCAAGCCAGAUAAGCCAGACACCCAAGUGUCGGGAGGAGGAAACUCACACCCUGAAAAUGCUGGCAAGGUCGCUGCAAAACACGUCAGUACAUUUGGAAGCUCAGAGACAAGGACCCCGGUGAGAUGUGUUCCAGAACAUAGAUCAACACCAAGGCAUGACCCGCCUCCACCUAAGAGCCCAGCUUUAUCAACCCUGAGAAACAAUGGCAAGGACAUUACAAAACAUGUCAGUACAUUCAGAAGCUCAAACUCAGAGACAAGGACCCCGGUGAGAUGUGUUUUAGAACACAGAUUGACACCAAGGCAUGACCCGCCUCCACCUAAGAGCCCAGCUUUAUCAACCCUGAGAAACAAUGGCAAGGACAUUACAAAACAUGUCAGUACAUUCAGAAGCUCAAACUCAGAGACAAGGACCCCGGUGAGAUGCGUUCCAGAACACAGAUCGACACCAAGGCAUAACCCGCCUCCACCUAAGAGCCCAACUUUAUCAACCCUGAGAAACAGGAUUGCAAGCCCUAAACCAAGGCCAAAAAGUUCUCUUCUUGCAAAUAAAAGGGAAAGCUCACAAGAAGGCGCACUCCCUCCAGAAGAACAAAGUACAGUUCAGAACUCCUUUGCAGAACCAGACUCCUUAAACGUAGAACACAGUCAGGUGACCGUGGCGGUGCGCGUAAGGCCUUUCAGCAAAAGAGAGAAGACUGAGAAUGCAUCCCAGGUUGUCUUCACGAAUGGAGAAGAAAUAACUGUGGAACAUCCCGAUAUGAAAAAAAUUUACUCUUUUAUUUAUGAUGUCUCCUUUUGGUCUUUUGAUGAAUGUCACCCUGGCUACGCUAGCCAGACAACUGUGUAUGAGACACUGGCUGCACCACUCCUGGAGAGAGCUUUUGAAGGCUAUAAUACCUGUCUCUUUGCUUAUGGCCAGACUGGCUCUGGAAAGUCCUAUACGAUGAUGGGGCUUAAUGAAGAACCAGGAAUCAUUCCAAGAUUCUGUGAAGAUCUCUUUGCUCAAAUAGCCAAAAAACAAACCUCAGAGGUCAGCUACCACCUUGAAAUGAGCUUCUUUGAAGUUUAUAAUGAAAAAAUUCAUGACCUGGUUUGUAAAGGGGAAAGUGGGCAGAGAAAACAACCACUGCGAGUGAGGGAGCAUCCUGUUUCUGGGCCGUAUGUUGAAGGUCUGUCAAUGAAUAUUGUCAGUUCUUACUCUGAUAUUCAGAGCUGGCUGGAACUGGGAAAUAAACAAAGAGCCACUGCGGCUACCGGCAUGAACGAUAAAAGCUCCCGGUCUCAUUCUGUUUUCACCCUGGUGAUGACGCAGACCAAGACAGAGUUUGUGGAGGGGGAAGAGCAUGACCACAGGAUCACAAGCCGCAUAAACCUCAUCGACUUGGCUGGCAGUGAGCGCUGCUCCACAGCUCACUUGAGUGGCGAGCGACUGAAGGAAGGUGUGAGCAUUAACAAGUCCUUGCUAACUUUGGGGAAGGUCAUAUCUGCACUGUCCGAGCAAGCACAUGGAAAGAGGGCCUUUAUUCCAUAUCGUGAAUCCACUCUUACAUGGCUAUUAAAAGAAAGCCUGGGUGGAAAUUCAAAAACAGCAAUGAUUGCUACCAUCAGUCCUGCUGCCAGCAACAUAGAAGAAACACUGAGCACCCUCAGAUACGCUACCCAAGCCCGCCUGAUAGUCAACAUUGCCAAAGUCAACGAGGACAUGAAUGCAAAGUUGAUCAGAGAGUUGAAGGCAGAAAUUGAAAAGUUAAAAGCUGCCCAGAGAAACAACCGGAACAUUGACCCUGAACAGUACAGACUCUGCCGGCAAGAGAUAACAUCCUUAAGGAUGAAGCUGCAUCAGCAGGAGAGAGACAUGGCAGAGAUACAAAGAGUAUGGAAGGAAAAGUUUGAAGAAGCUGAAAAAAGAAAACUUCAAGAGACAAAGGAGUUACAGGUAUCAUUCCAGUUUCCUAAGCUGACUCGAAAUGGAACAAGUCCAUCUGAGAAUUUCAUUUCCCAUCUUCAUCAGAUAGUUUAUUCUGUACAAAGAAAUAAAACCACAGUUGGAAAGCACACGCCAAACUCAAGCCAUGACAUCCAGCUAUCUGGAGUGCUGAUUGCUGAUGAUCACUGUACUAUCAGAAAUUUUGGAGGAACAGUGAGUAUUGUCCCAGCUGGAGAAGCAAAGAUAUACGUAAAUGGGAUGCACAUCUCAGAGCCCACAGUAUUACAUCAUGGUGAUCGCGUGGUUCUUGGUGGAGACCAUUAUUUUAGAUUUAAUCAUCCAGUUGAGGUCCAGAAAGGAAAGAACCUGUCAAGUAGAAAUAAUCUCACAAGCGAAGGCCCAAAAGAUUUUGAGUUUGCCAAGAAUGAGUUACUUACAGCACAGAGCUCUCGGCUUGAAGCAGAAAUAAAAGCCGCGCAGCUGAAGGCGAAGGAAGAAAUGAUGCAAGGAAUCCAAAUUGCAGAGCAGAUGGCCCGGCAAGAGCUUUCUUCCCAAAAAGCUGCGUAUGAGAGCAAAAUCCAGGCCCUCGAGGUGGAGCUGAGGGAAGAGUCUCAAAGGAAGAGAUUGGAGGAAAUAAAUAACCAAAAAGCUAGUCACAAGAUUGAGGAGUUGGAAAGGGCGAAGCAGCACCUUGAACAGGAAGUAUACGUGAACAAACGGCGGCUGGAGAUGGAGACCCUGGCUACAAAGCAGGCCUUAGAAGACCAUAGAAUCCGACAUGCAAGGAUCCUAGAAGCUUUAGAGAUUGAAAAGCAGAAGAUCACUGAAGAAGUACAAAUGCUUCAGGAGAAUCGAGGAAACAGGGAUAAAACUUUUACCAUUCAGCCAAACUGGAGCUCCAUGAAACUCUCUACGAUGAUUCAGGAAGCCAAUGCCAUCAAUGACAAAUUUAAAAAGGGCUAUGUUUUUGGCAGACACGAUGCAUCAGACAAAGGCCGUUCUGAUACCUCUGUUCGAGUUCGUAACCUCCAGCUUGGGGUCUCAACUUUCUGGAGUCUGGAAAAGUUUGAAUCUAAACUUGCAGCAAUGAAAGAGCUUUAUGAGAGUAACGGUGGAGACAGGAGUGAGGAUGUCUUUUGUGACCCUGAAGAUGAGUGGGAACCCGACAUUACAAGCACACCAGUUUCUUCCCUCUCUAGAAGGACGAGCAGAAGUUUGAUGAAGAACAGGAGAGUCUCUGGCUGUCUGCAUGACAUCCAUCCAGUUCAGAGUAUGCACUCUUCACACUCGCCAGGAUUAAUGGAAAAACCAAGCACCAUUUACUCAAAUUCAUCAGAAUUGUUCUCCGACCGGGCAGCCCAGGCUCUCACCAUCCAGGUUGCUUGUGCCUUUGAGCAGCUUGUGGUUUUGUUCAAACACUGGCUGGGUGACUUUCCACCUUGUACCGGCUCAGCAAGGCUUGAAGAUGAACUGAGACAAGAUAUUAACAACCUCGGAGGCUAUUUGCAAUUGUUUUUGCAGGGAUGCUGUUCGGAUAUUUCAUCGAUGGUAAAAGAGGCUGAAAACAAAGUCAUGGAGAUUAUACAGCAGGCUGUUCGGUGUGUGGGUCAGCUAGCAGUUCUGAAGGGGAGCAAGCUCUGUGUUCUGGAAAACAGCAACAAGGUUUCCAUUGCCCAGGAAUUGAUGGCUGCCCUCCAGGACGGCAUGGCCACGGGGAUGAAGAGUCUCUUAGACUCUGGACUGGAGACCGCGCAGACACUCAGGCAGGAUCUCUCCAGGCAUAGUGCACGAGAGGAGGUCGCCGAGCAGAUGAAAGCUAAUGCUGAGGAGCUGGUCAGGUCUCUUGCAAAUGCCUUCGCCGAAUGGAGGACGAAAAGCUUCAGAACUCAAGUUCAAGAAGGUUCUAGACAACAAGGUUCCGAGAUGUUAACCCUCGCAUCAGAAUUCUCGAAGCUGAAGUCUUGCUUGCAGCAAACCAUUGAGAUGAUUAUCUCUGCACUGAGAGGGUGCCCUAGUGACUUGCACUGUCUCAGAAGUGGAACUGAAACUAUCUGCAGCCUGGUGCGCAAGCUUCACAGUGACUUCAGUGCACUCUCUGCCUCUGCUGGCAGCCGUGGAAGUGAACUGCCUCAUGCUGACUGUGAGGGACUAGAAUCUCUAGCUAAGUCACUCCUCCUAGGUUUUGAAUGUGGAGAAAGCCCCGGUUUGUUGAAACUCCGGGAAUCUUGCUCUUCAAAUAGCAAGAAGAGCAGUGCGAGCCAGACAGAGCUGACUGCAGAAGCGUGCCGAGAUGUGCUUAUGAACCACAGAGACACGACCCCAGCAGUGUCCUCUGGGGACUGCAUCCCCAAUAGGAUUCAGUGGGUAUGAAACCAUUGUGCAGGCACUUGGUGACCAGCUAUGACCAAAAUGGACCUUUGGUGACACUUUUCUUCAUGCGGGAGAACAUAAAAAGAAAUGAGUGUAAAUAUUUCAA